AUCAUCUCACCUUGUUUUGAUCAAUCGCAGCAUGGCAUACACUUCUAUUGGCAAAUAUACCCUUGCUUUGAAUGAUGCCGAUGCUGUAAUAAAGCUGCAGCCAACGUGGUCUGAAGGCUACUAUAAGAAAGGUGUUGUAUUAUAUGAAAUGCAAAGAUAUGCAGAAUCUGUGUCGAGUUAUCUUGAUUGUUUAACAAUCAAUCCUUCAAGUAGUACAUCAAAAAAGCAGCUAAUGAUGGCAUUACACAAAUUAUUGAAGGAAGAUGCUGAUCAAGAACAUCAGCUUUGUACUUCAGCAACACCUGGGUUCAUACCUUGUGUCAGCUCAAAAAUGGAAACAGACAAGGAUCAAGCAUUGCUCCAAUGUGAAGCUAGUGAAUACCAAUUUGACACAUGCAAAGGGAAAAUACAAAGGAUAAUGAAGGUUGAUAAUGAAGACAGUUGCAAAAAAUUCUCUAGGUUUAAUGACAAUAAAAGUCAUUCAUUACCAGUGUGCUUAUUUCCCCCCAAAAUAUUCCAGUUAAAAUCAGCAUCUGAACCAUCGUUACAGGGUACUGAAUUUAAUAAAAAUAAUGAAGACAGUUCUUCCAACUCACAAAUCCCUCCAUCUCAAUUGGAUCAGUGCCAACCAAUAAUACUCUGUGACAAAACCUGCUGCACUCCAUGCAUUCAUCUGUUAAAAUUAGAAGAUCUUCAAUGUAGUUUAUGUUUUGUUUUGCUCUUUCAACCUGUUGUGACACCUUGUGGCCAUACAUUUUGUAAAGAAUGCUUGGUGCGAACUCUUGAUCAUAAUCCAAAGUGCCCACUUUGUAAAACUUCUUUGGAACAAUAUAUUGCUGAACAAAACUGGGCUGUGGUAGAUAGUUUGCAGAACAUUAUUUGCACUUAUUUCCCUGAAGAUUAUGCUAAAGUUGAAAGAGAGCAUGAAGAACUGAUGAAAAAAUUUGCAUGUAAGGACAGAACAUGUGAAAUUCCAGUUUUUGUCUGCACGUUUGCUUGCCCCACCAUCAGAUGUCCUCUCCACAUAUUUGAACCUCGCUACAGGCUGAUGGUCAGGCGAUGUCUUGAGUCUGGUUCCAAUCAAUUUGGAAUGACUAUUCAAGAACCUAAUGGAAAUUAUCCUGAAUUUGGUUGUAUGCUUAACAUUAAAACUGUUCAGAUGCUGGCAAAUGGAUGUUCAUUGUUAGACACUGUUGGUGGUAGGCGCUUCAAAGUGCAUAGUUGGGAAAGUUUAGAUGGAUACAACACCGCUUUUGUGUCUUUUUUUGAAGAUAACCCAAUAGACUCAGUAGAACGUGAAGAACUACUAAAUCUUGAAAGAGAAGUUUAUGAAAAGAGUAAAAAAUGGUUAAAGUUGCUGCAACCAGAGAGUGUGAGAGAAAUCACUGAUCACUAUGGAUGCCUUCCAAAGUUAUCAUCUACUGAAUUAGAUACACCCAAUGGUCCUGCAUGGGUGUGGUGGAUGAUUACCAUACUACCAAUUGACAGUAAAUUACAAAUAACAGCAAUGUCAUUCAAAAAACUACAACAAAGACUUCUAUUCAUAAAAAGUGCCAUCGACACAAUUCAAAGUAAAUUGUCAAGUUGAUAGAUAAAGGGAACAAUAUCAGGUAGAUUACCACCCAUAUCACUCCUCUUUUGAAAACAUAUCUGAACCAAUGAGUGAUAGGUCAUCAUAAGAAAGAAGAAUGAAUUUUUAGGUUUUUUUUUUAAGAAUAUUUUGUUGCUUUAUUAUUAUUAUUUUUUUUAAUUAACAGCAGUUACUUUCCUUGCACAACCAUAAAAUGCUAUAGGUUAAAUAAUCAUUUAGAUAUUUGUUUAUAGUAUUAUAAUUGUUUUCAGUAUUUAUAGCAGACAACCCAUCCUAACAGGCAAGAUUAUCUGCUAGUUCAGCAACAGUGGCUUAAUCCUGUAUAUAUUUUUAUUUAAAGCAAUGUUAAUAAGGAAAACAAUCUAAUUAAGAAAUACUCAAAUAGAGAAAUAAAAUAAAUAUAACAAACAGUUUGUUAAAUUACUUGAUCAAUACAGUAACGUAGCAAAUAUCCUUUCUUGCCAUCAAAUUCAGCAUUCCUGUCCAUAACCCUAACAUUGCUCUUAUUUUACUCUCUGGACAAGGCAAAUUACAUGUCUUUGAGCAAAUUAGUUCAUUGUUAAGUAAUUAUUUAUUUUGAGUACCUUUUCAAUUUCAUCAUAGAAGAAAAUUCAGAGUAUUAUAUACAUAUAUAAUUAGCAAUUGAACAUGAUCUAAAUUACUCAAACAAGGAAGCGAAUACUAAGCACUUGUAAGACAAGCCAUAUGUAAAUUCCAAACUUAUAUUCUCAAUAUUUUAUAAAACAGUCACGAAUGAUUGACAGUGGAAAACUUAUUAAAAAUUACAGCAGUCUUUCCAUUUUAGCUUUCAAAUAUCAUCAGUCAUUUGAUAUAAACUUGAGAAGAUUAAAAUUAUAAUGUGUAUAUGUAUUGCGAGUUCAUUUCUACUAUUGGCAUUUCACUGUGUUACAACUAUAUGUGUUUCACCUGUCAGGAUAAGGUAGUGUGAUAUUUGUAAUGAGAACAUUCCCAGGAUUCAUUCUUACAUGACAAUCGUAACUAAAAACCCUUCUUGUGUUCUCCCCUAUAAAAUUUUGUAGAUGGUUCCGUUUAAUAGCAUGAGUAAACUAAAGGAUAUUGCAAUUGUCAGCUGCCAACUGGAGAUCACUGAUUUUAACAUCUUCCAAAUGAAUCACUACUUCUAGGAAUACCAAAUAACAUGAUGCUAUCUAGAAGUGUUUAAGUGAUUAGGGUGUAGAUUAUUCAUAGUGUACCUACAUCCUUUAUAACUGAAUAGGGUAACAAAAUAUAAAGCAGUUGAUUUGUGUUUCAGAUAUUAUUUAAAUUCUGUAACUCCUCUAAUUAGCAGUUUUUCUCAUAACAAAAAUCUUUACCAGAGAUUUUUGAUGCUUAGUUAUCCAAACUGACCAAAAUCAUACUUUCUGUUGCUUUAUCUUUGUGAUAACUUUUUGAAUAAUAAGAAUGAUUUCUUUUUUUAAUUUUAACCCUUUUGAGACCUAGCGUUUUGGUAUGUGUAGCCAAAAAGAAAAAGACUAAAAAUUUUUUUUCUAUUGAGAUACAUCUACUGAAAGGCAAUCUCUGAUUAGCUAUUACAUCAGGCUGAUAGAUCAGCAUCAGUCCUUUCAGCUUGUAUCACUUGGGCCAAUCAAUCAGCCUGGGUAGCCUAAGAGAGUUAAUAAAAUUUAUGCAGGUUGGUCUCUUUGGUUUCCAGAAUCUUAGAGCAUUCAUACAGCCACAGUUUGUGUCAUACAUGCAUUGUUUCUGCUGGUGUUUUUAGGCUUGGAAUACUUAUAUGAUCCAUUCCCACUCCCUGGCAGUUAACACAAUUUUUUCUUAUAUUCUGGUAUUUUCUCUGUAGUUAUUUCCGGUGGGAGGAAACAUUCUUGUUUAGUAUGCUCCACCCAUUUGCAGGUCAGUCAUGCACCUGAGGUCCUUAAAACGGAUUUGUAGCAGGAAUUUUACCUACAUCAUGGCACUCCUGAAUCCUUUAAUGUCAUUCUCAUUGAUGUAGCUGUUCCUCAAGCAUUUAUAUAAGUCAAGUUUUCAUUUGAUUAUCCUUUUUUUAAUAUUUACAUUGUCAACGCACACAUAAUCAAGCUCCUUAUUGAAUUCACUCAAUUUGCUCAAAUUUUCCAAAGCAGCAUAGAAGAUUGUGUUACUAUUGAUCUCUUUUGUGGAACUUAAACAUUUCUACUGUAAACAUUAACUCAGGGGACUAGUGCUCUUUCCAAAUGUUCAGCAUUUUAUUGAAAUAUAUGUUACUGAAGUAAAUUUGAAGCAAUAAAUGCAUAUUUUCCUGCUAACAAGUUAAAUUUUUAUUAGCAACAUCAAUCAUGUAUUAAACAAUAAAAACAUUUAUAGUUUCUGAACAUAGGUACCAUAUUUUUUGUCUGUGCUACCAAAAGGUUCUAUCAUUUCUACAUAAGCCAUCAUAACUUUUAAAGUUAAAAGUAAUAUAAUGGUGAUUUUAUGAUGGUUUUACACAUUGCCUUGUGUACAUUGUAUAUUCCAUUUCACUUUAACCACCUCUUCAUUUUAUCUCCUUGCUGUUACCUGUGUUAAAUAAGAAAACUAGAGAAUACAUGUAAUAUAAAAAUAUAUUUAAAAAAUGCAGGAACCAUUAACUAAUUUUCUAGAAAGCAUUCUAAAUAUCAGCUGGUCAUGUCCCAGUAUCAUACAAACAUAGCUUUUGCUUCCACCAGAUCUCAAUAUUACAUCACUAUAGUAUAAGUUUCCCUUCAAUCCUAUUUUGAUUGCUGAAUAACUAGCUCUGAAUCACUGGAAUAAAAGCUAUACAGCCAAAAUGAGGUAUUCCAGUUUAAGUUAAGAAGUGAGUCUUGAAGGUGUUUCUAAGAACUGUUGUUUUUAUUUUAUCAAAUUUAACUUCAGAUGCUUAUUGAUCUCUCUCUUUGGAAAAUAUAUAGACUGCUUUUUUUUUUUUUUCUUUUUUUUUUUUAUUAUUAUUUUCUUCCUCAAAUAUAUCAGGGUUUUGCCACAAGUGAAAACAACUUUAGAAAUUGAGAAAUUUUUUUAUCAGUGUUUCCUACACAGCAGCUAUAGCUUAAGUCGUUUACGCUUGGUCUGUUGUAACACACACACACGACAGGAUUGUCGUGACUGGAAUACCUUUCAAGUAGUUUUCCAUGACUAAUCUGGGACUACACAACAGCACUAAAAUUUAUUUUGAACCAAGAGUAGACCUCUGCAUGUGAAUGUGACUUGCUAGAUAUAGCUACCAAAUUUUCAAAUUUCCCUCAAAUCACAUCUUACCACUUUCAAUUAGGAAAAUAUACAUUUAAAAAUAUUGUUCCAAGUUUUCAAACUCUGCGUGUAUGUGCGCAUCAUCCAUCAUGUAGAUUCUAUGGUGAACACCUAUAGAGGAGGAUGAAAGAGCAGUUUCUGAAAUGAAUGCAAAAUCCAAUUCACUUGAUAUCUCAGCUGCAGCUUGGGCAAAUGUCUUCUGCUAUAAUAAACCCAAACCUAUCAAUACUUUGUGAGGAAAUUUAGUAAAUAGAAAUUGAAAGAAGGCUGUUGUGUGUGUGUGUGUAUUGUAUAUGUGUUUCUGUGUGAAUGUUUACAACUUACACCAAACAAGGUACAAAUGAUGAUGUCACUGCUCAGAUAUAAACAGUAAUAUCAUUGUUUGUGGCUGGGCUGCAACUAGUUACAUUUAUUGAUGAUUUCUUAUCAACAGUUCAGAUUUUUGAAAAGCAGGCAAGGGUUGGUGACAGAAAGAGCAUCCUGCCUUAAUUACUUACCAUUUUAGAAAUGCUAGCAUGGAAAAACAGUCAUUAAAUGAAAUGAUGAUGAACACAUAGGUAUGUAUGUAUGUAUGAUAUAUAUGUAUGUACAUAAAUACAUGUAUACCCACAUACACAAUGACUACAUAUAGAGAAACAAACAUGCAAUGUGUUUAAUGCUUUGCAGUGUUUGUUCUUCCUUCUUGAAAUCUGAGUUCAAAUCCUACUGAGGUCAACUUUGCAUUUCAUCAUUUCAAGGUCAAUAACUAAGGUGCCAAGUCUGUAGUAGUUAUGUGAUAGAAUUGUUAGUGCAUAAAAGAUGCCUUGCUGUAACUCUUCUAGUUCUUUACAUUCUGAAUCAUAUUCUCCACCAUAUUGGAUUCCUGUGAUAAUAAGCUAAUUGUAAUAUACUAGCUUCAAGUCUAAUGUUAAAAAGAAAAAAGUGCUUAAGAAGUAAUGAGCUCACAUAAACUAUGUACUAAGAGUUUACAAGAGCCCUGUAUAUGUGGAGGUUGCCUGUUAAAAAAAAAUCUACAUGUCUCUAUCUAUCUAACUAUAUAUAUGUGUGUGUAUGUAUAUAUAAUGUAGUGCACCUAAGCACUGGAUACAAUAAGUUCAUUAUUAUUUAUAUAUAUAUAUAUAUAUACACACACACACACACACACACAACACACACAAACAUUCAUACACACAUUUGCAUACAGAUAUAUAUGCAUCAUCAAAUGAUAUAUAUGCGCACACACACAAACAUGUUUAUAUGUAUACAUAUACCAUAUUUACCAGCAUAUAAGACGCUCACUUCAUUUUUAAAUGUAUCAAGAAAUUGUGUGUCUAAUGCCACCAUAUUAUGGUUGGGAGACUAAGUGUCUUAAGAUAGUGAGCCAGGUGAGCAUAAAUCAGCUUGUCACAUUAAUUGCUACUAAUGUUAAAAUAUUGAAAAGAAACCAAAUUAUCACAGUUUCUUAGCACAAACUGAAGAAAAAUUGCUUAUGGUACAUUGGCAGUCAUGUUGGGAGGUCACCACACCUCAUUAUACCUCCCUCAGUAUACAUUAUUUAAUGACUGUGUUACCUUUAAGAAACAUUUAUCUAAAUGAAAAAUUCCCCUAGAAAGAUGAAAGGAAUGUUAAAUUUUCAUCUGCCAUUUGCAAUGAGUGCAUGACAACAACACCAUAGCAGUAGUGGUGGCCAGUCAUAGUUACAUAAGACAUCACAGCUAGAAAGACAAGUUUUACAUACUUUGUGACACUUCUUUUGACCUAAAUGACUAUAUGGUUGAUCUGUAAGAAGAUAGUUAAGAUAUGAUAUUCCCAUAAUGUAAUUUCAUGCUUUAUUCCGGUAAACUGUCUCAAUACUGUACUUACAUGCACAGUCAUACCUUUUCCCUACAAAUCACACUAAAAUAUCCUUUUUUUCCCCCCAUAAAAUAUACUCGUAAAAAUAUUGCUGCGUCUUAUAUGUUGGCAAAUAUGGUGUGCGUAUAUAUAUAUGUAUGUUUAUAUACAUAUCCAUAUAUGCACACAUGCAUUCAUAUUAUGCAUAACAACAAAACAGAAAUAGUUGGUUGUGUAAACUUUAUCAAAAUUCUUCCAUAUAGCUGGUUAUUUUCUAAUUUAUUUUCUUCACUAAUUUGUAAGUAUUUAUUGAUCUUUGCAAAGUAAAAUUCUAUGUCAGUGUGACCAAGAACUUUGAAAUAUUGAGUCUGUUCCUCAUAGCUAUAAUGAAAGUUUACAUACUAGCUUGUCUCAUAGAAUUGGUUUACUUGUGAGAAGUAUUGUCUUCAAUUCUAACAAUUUGUGAUGUUUAAGAUAUGGAUACUGGGAGGUCUAUUAUAAGGAUUUGUAUUCCAUAAUUCAACUGUGAGAUUUAUUUUAUUUAUAUUCCACAUCUAUAUGUUUAUAUGUAACUGAAAUGUUAAAUGGUUUCAUAUAUUCAAAAUUAACAUACUUUCCUAAAAUAUGCUUUGCUGUACUUCUCUUGACUGUACUUCUCUUGAUACACAAUGCACGAUACUAAGAAUAUAGAUGGUUCUCUGUCUUUCAGCAAUGAAAAUUCAAUCAAUUGAAUUUAUAUGUAAGUGGCUAAGCAUUCCAGACACUUGGAAUACUCAACCUUAACAAAAUUCUCAGGCAGAAUUGGCACAUCACAGCAUGUGUGACAAGGCUGUACUUUUUCAAUUACAGGUUCAAUCCACUCAACAGGCUUCUUUAUAGUUUCUGUCUACCCCAAAUUUCAUUUACAAGGUAUGGGUCAACCUUUAGAAAAUGACAUUUGCCCAAGGUGCCAUGCAGUGGGAUUGAACUUUGGUGUUGCAAAGCAAACUUCUUAACCAUUUGGCUAUACUGUGCCCACUACCAAGAGUAUAUACAUGUAUAUACCUAAUUAAGUGUACUCUAUAAUCCAAGUGAUUCUCUUCAUGUAUGGUCCUGUACUCUGUUAUUGUAACCAUUGGCUGUUCUAUGUUAAUAUUCUGUUUGUUUUGAGCUUCUAUACAUUGGCAGGUCUUAUCUUUUUCCUAUGCAAAGAAUUAUUCAAAUGUAAAAUAAAUUCUAUAAAUAAAUGGUGAGAAAAAAGUCACAUGAUUAUUUCUUUAAGCAAAUAAAAUUUGAUUUUUUUUAAACAAUUUUGUCAAAUAAAACAAAAAAUAACCCCAUCAGUAUUUUUUGUGAUUAAUUAACCUGAACAAUGAUUAUUUAAAUGUAUUUCAUAUAAAAUGUUUGGAGAAGCAAAUAAAUUAAAUUAUUUCUUGUGUGUGUGUAUAUAUAUAUUUUUUUCCAACUAUCUGUAUUUCAAAACAAUGGAAUGUGCCAAUUCGUGCAAAUUAUUAAAAAUGUUAUAUUUACCCAUAACUCUUUGGUAAGUGAUCUGUGAUCUUUGGCACCUCUUACCUGUUGAGCAGAAUUAUUUUACUAAAAGUGGCACUGUUGUGCAUUGUAUUUUACAGCUGGCAGCAACUAAUGUUAGCAUUAAAGGACUAACAAUAUACAUGUAAAUAAGUACAAAUAUAAUGUGAAUGUAGUGUCUUAAAUAUACAUUGUCUUCUCUUUUACAUGACUUUUUAUUAUAAAACCUUUACUGUACUUUUUCUAAUUCUCAUAUUGCUGUAUGUUCAUAAAAUCUUUCAAACAUAAAUCAAUUUUCAAUAAUUUA